GAUUACAUCUGUGCUGUUGUGCAACGGGCUGUAUUUAAAGCAGCUGCCCACCUUGAGCAGCACAGAGAUUGAGUCCAGCAUAUCUAGUGUACUACAGUUACGAGGCCAGCGCCAGACUCUCCAAAAUGAGCGACAACCCAGUUAAAGAAGAAGUGCAGAAGUUCGACAAGAAAUGCCUAAAGAAGACGAACACGGCGGAGAAGAACACUCUGCCCACUAAAGAAGACAUCGAGCAGGAGAAGAAGGCUGGAGAUGGAGGCAAAUGAAUGCAAGCCGUGCCGCUCUCCUCCCGGACCCCUGCUCCGCUCCUGCAUAUCCCUAAUCAUUCAUUUUAAAACCGUGUGAACUGCAGAAUCAUGUAUGUAAUUGGAACCGUGGAUAUUUUCGAUCUUCUGAUCAUGUGUGAUUUCGAGAGGAGAUGAUGAUGCUGUGGCAGUUAAAGAGCACACUUCUGUAUCUGUCAUCACCAGCCAAUGGCUGCUCGCUUCAGUCUGCUGCCAUUCUGUGCUGGCUGUUCUUCAAAUAACAUGUGAGAUGAUAUUUUUGUUUAAUAAAUGAGAAUAAAAAUGU